AUGCUUCAUAACACGAAAUACAUCGACGAUUUACGCAGCGUCGAGAAGCAAUUCCUCAAGGCCCUGCAGACAGGGGAGAAUGCAGCGGCGACACUCACCGAAGCACAGCGCGUGCUCGAUAAUCUGUGCCGGGUCGACCUAUCUACUGCUCUGUCACAGGGCCACUCCCGGGAAGCAAUCAAGAUUCUGAAGGGGAUACGAGCAGUUUCUUCCGGUCUUGAUCGGUUCGCCUCGUCGUCGAAUCAGCUUAUCAACGAUAGCCGGGAGCAAUUAAAGCAAUCCCUGUCAGCGGAUUGCGGCUCAUUAUUCGCCUCCCGUUCAGAGGCACCGGCGUCUGUCGUGAGGGAACAGCAAACCCGUAUUUCAGCUGCAGAUGAUGAGCUCAUCCAGCCUUAUCGUGCCUGGUUUCUCGACAACUUCGCAUGGCCCUACCCCGAAUCCUCCGAACGACUACGCCUCCUCGCCCAAGUCCCUUCGCACGGCCGCGCUCAACUGUCCAACUGGUUCGUCAACUCGCGCCGUCGAUCUGGGUGGUCUCGUCUCGCCAAGAAGUACACCGAUGGCGAUCGGGAUGCAUUCGCAGCAUUCCUGCGCAAGAUCGACGGUGGCAUCGCAACCGAGGAGGAGGCCGAGGACGUCGAAAAGUGCAAGGCCCACUUCAUGGACAAGGGGAACAUGCUCGUGCGGGAUGGGAUCGAAGAGGUCCUGACGGCCGCGUCCAAGGGGGUAUUGACCGAUGGGUGUGUGCCACCACCGAAAAUGGCUCGUAGUCGGAUCUUUCCCAUCAAGAUCGAGGAUCCGGGAAAUCCAGUUUUGUCCAAGAAGCGUGGCCGGAUCGGAGAUAUCGAAGAUCCGCCGUCCAGCCCAUGCUCGAAGCGGUCGACCUCGAGUCCAUGGACCGAUUCCUCCGGCCUGCUUUCCAACGACACGGCAGAGACUACGGCAGACUCCACUUCUGACGUUGCCACGCCUCGACGCAAGAGUGCACGAGUGCCACGAUCGCCCGCCGCCAAAUCGCUUCGAUCCAGCACAGAGCCCGCGCCUUCUACGCCGGCCCAUCGAGCUCCUUUUAUCCCCAGUCGCCUACCGCAUACGCCUCACCUUCGAAGCUUCUCCUCACCGCUCUCAAGCCCUACGGCCGGUCGUUCUACAAGGUCAGGGCUCACCUACCGCGCCGUUUCGUCCUCCUUCACCAUUGAACAACCGAACCUCGCUGGCGAGCUCGCGCUACCCCCACCCCCCUUCCAAAUCACAUCUAACGAGCACUUUGUGACGCUGGCGGCGACCGAAACUUGGAGCAACCUGGACCCAUGGCUCAACUUUGAGGUGGAUUUGAAUGCAAUCUGA